AUGCAGCCCCAGCGACGCCUGCGUGAGUCCCUCACGCCCCAGCAGCUGCGUGAGUGGUACGCUGGUUGGGGCUGUAGGGGUGGCGACGCUACUCCUACUACCACUCCUGCUGCUUCUACUCGUGGUGGCGGCCAGAUGCAGCUCCCGCGACCCUCUCGCGUGUCUCUCACGCCUCGCCAGCUUCGUGAGUGGUACGCUCAGAGUGGAGGGUCUCUCAGUGCUGUUCGCUGCUCUUACGUGAUUCGCACUGGUACUCGGACUGGUAUAGGACCUGCUGCUCUAGCUACUGGUGAGGCUGCUGCUCUGGGUGCUAGUGAGUCUCCUGCUCCUGGUACAGGUGCGGCUGCUGCUCUAGGUGCUAGUGAGUCUGCUUCCUCAGGUGCGGGACCUUCCUGUGUCCCCUGUGUCGAGGGGCGCCUCAGGGCUGCUCCUCACUCCUCCCAGUUUCCCCCGACAGAGGCUCCUCUGCAGACGCUUCACAUGGACGUGUGGGGCCCGGCCCCCGUCCGUGGGCAGGGUCACGAGCGCUACUUCCUGUUGGUGGUUGACGACUACUCGCGUUACACCUCAGUCUUCCCCUUGCGCAGCAAGGGUGCUGUCACUGAGGUGCUGAUCGACUGGAUCCGCGAGGCUCGUCUCCAGCUCAGGAGGAGCUUCGGCUCGGACUUUCCUGUUCUCCGUCUGCACUCUGACCGAGGUGGGGAGUUCUCCUCUCGCCUUCUGCGAGACUACUGUCGUGCACAGGGGAUCCGCCAGACCUUUACGCUUCCGGACUCUCCACAGCAAAAUGGAAUUGCUGAGCGCCGCAUUGGCAUGGUCAUGGAUGUCGCUCGUACGUCCAUGAUGCAUGCGGCUGCCCCCCAUUUUCUGUGGCCGUUUGCGGUUCGGUACGCGGCGCAUCAGCUCAACCUUCACCCCAGGGUCUCUCGGCCCGCGAUGUCGCCAGUGUUACUGUGGACGGGGAAGGUCGGCGAUGCGUCUGCGUUCCGUGUCUGGGGAUCUCGGGCGUUUGUCCGCGACUUGUCUGCAGACAAGCUGUCCCCCCGUGCUGCUCCCUGUGUCUUCCUUGGCUUCCCCCUUGACGCUCCAGGGUGGCAGUUCUACCACCCCUCCUCUCGUCGUGUUCUGUCCUCCCAGGACGUCACGUUCGACGAGUCAGUCCCCUUCUACCGCCUCUUCCCCUACCGUACUCCUUCCCUCCCCCCCCCACCGGACUUCCUGGUGCCAGUAGACACAGUCGAGCCAGUCGAGGUUGCUGCUGAGUCUGGUCCUGCUGCGGGUGGAGAGUCUGGGGGUGCUACGCCUGCGGGUGCUGAGCUUGGGGGUGCUGCUGCUGGGGGUGCUGAGCCUGGGGGUGCUACGUCAGGAGCUGCUGAGCCUGGGGGUGCUGAGCCUGGAGGUGCGGAGCCUGCGACUGCUGGGCGGGAGCCGCUCUCUCCACAGGAGCUGCGCGAGUGGUUUGCUCGCCGCUGGAGGCGUGCUGCUGGAGCUGGAGCUUCUUCGCUUGCUGAGGGUGCUGCCGUCCCGGAGCUGCUGGGCCUGCGAGUCCUACUAGAGCUGGAGCUACUGAGUCUGGGGGUGCUGAGUCUGGAGCUGCUGAGCCUGGAGGUGCUGAGUCUGGAGCUGCUGAGCCUGGGGGUGCUACGUCUGGAGCUGCUGUGCCUGGGGGUGCUGAGUCUGGAGCUGCUGAGCCUGGGGUUUUCUCCUGCUGCUGCGUCUCGCCGGGAGCCCCUCUCUCCACAGGAGCUGCGCGAGUGGUUUGCUCGCCGUUGGAGGAGUGCUGCUGGAGCUGGAGCUUCGUCGACCGUCGAGGGUGCUGGUGCUGCCGGUCCCGGAGCUGCUGGGCCUGCGGGUCCUACUGGAGCUGGAGCUGCUGAGGGUGUUGGUGCUGAGACUACUGCUGUCUGUCCUGGCGGUGGUUCUGCUGCUGGUGCUGCUGGAGGUCCUGCCGCUGGAGGUGUUGGUGCGCUGGUGCUGUCGCUGAGGGUGCUGGUGCUGUCCCUGCUGAGUCUGGAGCUGCCGCGCGGCCUCGGCCGUACUUCGUUCCGCUCCUACAGCAGGUUCUUGCGUCGUGAGCCUGCGUCUCGUCCCGCGUCGCCGGUUCGUGCUGCUCGCGCUAGUGGUCGCGGUUCGCGUCAGCGUCCUCCUCCUGUCCCUGGCACGCACCGGAUGUCUCUGCGUCCGUCCACUGCUCCUCUACGUGCCCCUUUGCCUUCUCCUCCUGAGUCCUCUCUUCCUGCGCUUGCCGACCCUGAGUCGGACUUUCUUCGCGCUGCCAGUCCUACUGUCACGCGUCUUCUUGCUCUUGUCGUCACUGACCCCUCUUUUGAGUCCACUGCUGCGUCUGCUCUAGUCGCUGAGCUCGUUGACUUUGCUGCUCGCUGUCGUCUCGACUACGCUGCUAGUCUUGUUGCUGAGUCUGCGUCUGUCUGUCCUCCGUCCGUCGGGGACCCGGAUGCACUAGACAUCCCGACUCCGCGUUCUUACGCGGAGGCCGUAGAGGGUCCCUACUCCUCUCAGUGGCAGGCAGCUAUGGAUGCAGAGAUGGCUUCCUGGAAGUCCACAGGCACCUACGUUGACGCGGUUCCCCCUCCUGGGGCGAACAUCGUCAGUGGCAUGUGGAUCUUCAGGGUGAAGCGGCCGGCGGGCUCUCCACCUGUCUUCAAGGCACGGUACGUUGCUCGUGGCUUCAGUCAGCGGCAGGGAGUUGACUACUUUCAGACCUUCUCUCCCACACCGAAGAUGACCACUCUUCGGGUGCUGCUGCACAUAGCCGCUCAGCGCGACUACGAGCUUCACUCUCUCGACUUCAGCACUGCGUUCCUGCAGGGUAGCCUGCACGAGGAGAUCUGGCUGCGCCGUCCACCUGGCUUCACUGGGACUUUCCCUCCUGGCACCCAGUGGAGCCUCCGACGGCCAGUCUACGGUCUCCGCCAGGCACCGCGUGAGUGGCACGACACACUGAGGACUACGCUUGCGGCUCUUGGGUUUGCUCCUUCUACUGCUGACCCGUCGCUGUUUCUUCGCACCGACACUUCCCUGCCGCCGUUCUACAUCCUCGUGUACGUCGACGACUUGGUCUUUGCCACAGCAGACACUGCUGGACUCGCCUACGUGAAGUCCGAACUGCUGAAGAGACACACGUGCACAGACCUGGGUGAACUGCGCAGCUACCUUGGCUUGCAGAUCACUCGGGACAGAGCACGCCGCACCAUUACCUUGACUCAGUCACACAUGGUGCAGCAGGUCCUUCAGCGCUUCGGCUUCACGUACUCCUCGCCUCAGGCCACUCCUCUGCCUACUCGCCACUCACUCUCAGCUCUGCCUUCGGAUGAGUCCGUAGAGUCGAGUGGUCCGUAUGCAGAGCUUGUUGGCUGCCUCAUGUACCUGAUGACCUGCACACGACCUGACCUUGCAUACCCUCUGAGCAUUCUUGCACGCUAUGUUGCUCCUGGGAGACACAGACCAGAGCACAUGGCUGCAGCGAAGAGGGUAUUGCGCUACCUGUGCAGUACGUCGGGCAUGGGGCUAGUGCUUGGAGGGCGGAGUCCAGUGGUCCUUACCGGCCACGCGGACGCUUCUUGGGCUGACGACCAGGCUACGCAGCGGUCGUCACAGGGUUACACCUUCAGCCUUGGUUCCGGCUCUGUCUCGUGGCGGUCUACUCGCUCGUCUUCGGUUCUCGGCUCCAGUUGUGAGGCUGAGAUCUACGCCGGGGCCAUGGCUGCACAGGAGCUUCGCUGGCUCACCUACCUGCUGACUGACCUUGGAGAGCCGCCUCGUUCUCCUCCAGUGCUGUACGUAGACAACAAGGCCAUGCUGGCCUUGUGUCGAGAGCAGCGCUUGGAGCACAGAACGAAGCACAUUGCUCUCCGCUACUUCCUUGCUCGUGAGCUGCAGCAGCGUGGUCAGUUGCGACUUGCGUACGUGGCCUCUGAGGCCAACACUGCUGAUGUGUUCACCAAGGCACUCGCGCCUUGUGACCAUCAGCGCUUUUGCACCCAGCUGGGUCUUGUACCUGUCUUGCCUCACUUGCUCUCCUCUUGA